AUGGCGGCUGCUGUAGGUAAGAUUGGCGGUGGCUGGGGGCUUCCCUUGAAGAAUUCAAGGAGGAAGAGGACAAUCGGGAGUUAUGAGAGAGUUAGGGUUGUCUACCUUUCUUUAUCCGCUUCCGCUUUAGCUGAUCACUACAAGACCCUGAGGAUUUACCCUGGCGCCUCAGAGUCCGAGGUCAAGAAAGCUUUUAGAAAACUGGCUCUUCAGGCUGUCAUGAGUGAUUUGAGAGGAGAGUCGACAGCUUCGAAAAUGGAGAUGUAUGAGCCAUGUGACGCAGGACCAGAUGAAACUACUACGAGGGGGAUGAAUUAUCCUGACUGGGAGCUGUGGGAGGAAUGGAUGGGAUGGGAAGGAGCAGGAAUUCGUGAUUACUCCUCUCAUAUAAAUCCUUAUAUAUGA